AUGUGCGGGAGCUCGGAUGAGCGCCGCAGCUGGGCUGGGACCAGCCCACUCCCUGCUGCGCGGAGAGGAAGGAACUGGCUUGUGGCUCCUUGUCAGCGAUCAGGGUUUCCGGGCAGCUCUUCCUUAAGGGAAGAGGGCGCAAAAGCACUCAUCGGAGUGGGAUUUCUCCACCCUGAAUGGAGCGAUAAGGUGUCGCUGGUCAGGAGCGAGUCUCUGCAGCACUGCAAGCUGAAACACAGGGAAGUUCACGAUCUGCUGAGCGACUACGAACUUAAAUACUGCUUUGUGGACAAAUACAAAGGGACUGCAUUUGUCACCCUGCUCAACGGGGAGCAGGCGGAGUCCGCCAUCAAGAAAUUCCACCUGAGCAAACUCCGGGACAAGGAGAUCUCGGUGCAGCUGCAGCCCACGGACGCACUGCUGUGUAUUGCCAACCUCCCGCAGCUCUACACGCAGCAGCAGUUUGAGGAGCUGGUCCGGCCCUUUGGGAACCUGGAGCGCUGCUUCCUCGUUUACAGCGAGAAGACGGGACACUCCAAAGGCUAUGGCUUUGUGGAAUACAUGAAGAAAGAUUCUGCGGCCAGAGCAAAAUCUGACCUACUGGGCAAGCAGCUGGGCACACGGACUCUGUACGUUCACUGGACGGAUGUCAACCAGCUGACGCUAGACCUCAUCCAUUCCAAGUGCUUGUGCGUGGAUAAGCUGCCCCAUAACUACACGGACCUCGAGGAGCUGAGGCAGGUCUUCUCUGCAGCCUGUGCGCCGACGUUUUGUCAGCUGGCGUACGGUCAGGAUGGCCAGCUGAAAGGCUUUGCGGUCCUGGAGUACGAGUCAGCAGAGAUGGCAGAGAUGGUCCAGCAGGCUACAGAUGGUUUGCUGCUCGCUGGGAACCACAUCCGAGUCUCCUUCUGUGCCCCUGGCCCUCCUGGGCGCAGCAUGUUGGCCGCACUGAUCGCUGCGCAGGCGACGGCACUGAAUCGUGGGAAAGGGCUCCUGCCCGAGCCAAAUAUCCUUCAGAUUCUCAACAGUCUGGGAAAUCCUGCUUCCCUCCAGCUGCUGCUCAACCCCCUGCUUCAUGGAGCUGUUGGAGGAAAACAGGGGAUCCUUGGUGCUGCUCCAUCCAUGCCCCUCGUGACCAAUCCAGCCCUCUCCACGGCUCUCCUCCAGCUCGCGCUGCAGAACCAAACCCAGGCUCAGCAGAAGGCAUUGCUUGGGAACUCCCUGUUACUGCAGAACCAGGUCUGGACACAGCUGCUGCAGAACAAGGAAAACCAAGCCGUAUUCCAUAAGCCCGGGAUCCUGGGCGACUCUCCUCUGAGCUCCCUGACGCACGGCGCCCUGGGCUUGGCGAGCGCCCCGGCCCAGCCGGCCGGCCAGCUCCUGGGAGAGCUCUCCUCAGGCGGCCCCUUGGCUGGUGAUAUGGCACAGGGACAUGUGAAAUCACCUAUAUUGCCUUCUGGAAAUGUGCCCCUGGCAUCUUUCCUGGGACCCGUGGGGGUCGAGCGCGAGAGCUCUGUGAUGGGCACACAGGUGCCCCAGCUGACCCCUCCGACAGUAACUCCACCUGCCCUGCAAGGCCUCACCACCUCCAUUCUGGGAUCUGUCAUCAGCGGCCUCCAGAAACCAAAGCAGAGUGAGAACGGGCCUCCUGCAUCUGGGGUCUCGCUGCUGGGGGAGCCACCCAAAGACUUCAAGAUUCCUCUCAACCCUUACCUAAACCUGCACAGUCUCCUUCCGGCAAACAGCCUCGGAGGUGGUGCCAACAAAGCGUUUAAUCUGAAGGCUGGAGUGCUCGGAAACGUCUCCAACCCCAGGAUUUCGCAGACUUCCAUGUCCGACCCAUUGCUCCCCUCCCCUGGGCUGGCAGGAGACAGCUAUGCCUUUGACUACCAGCCGGACUUGGGAUCUCGAAUUUUUCCCCAGACGAGAGACCACACUGGGCCCAUUCUGGGUGGCUUUGGGCACAGCAGGCACAAGAUCUCAUCAGCCGCGUCUCCGGGGUUCGAGCGAGGUGGCUUGGGGCCGCCCCUGCCACCCUUCUACUCAGGAUCUCCCAAUUCGUACUUCACCAGUGGCCUUCAAGCUGGGCUUAAGCAGAGUCACCUGAACAAGGCUGUUGGGAUGCCACCAGUGGGCUCUGGAGACAGUAUCCUGGGCUUAGGACCAAACAGUCACUCGCACAGCUCCCAUGCCAAGACCCCUGUUGGCGGCCAGAAGCGGGCCUUCUCCCACCUGCUGCCGUCGCCGGAGCCCAGCCCCGAGGGCUGCUACGUGGGGCAGCACUCGCAGGGCCUCGGAGGGCAUUACGCAGACUCCUACCUGAAGCGGAAGAGGAUAUUUUAACCCGCUCCUUGCCGAAGCACUAUAUCUCCCUCAUCCAAUGUGUAAAUCUUGUACAAACUUUUUUUUAAUGUUAGUCCUUUUGAUUUUUUUUUGAGGUUUUUAAAGUGUGUGAUAUGAAAGACUUGGCUGCCCUCAGCUGCGGUGGAGCAAAGGUUUAACUCGACGCUUCCCGCCAGCGGACGGGCAUCUUCUACCACGUGGCUCUUUCCGGAGCGGACAUCCCCGCUUCCGAGGGACGCUCCACGGCUCGUGAGGCCGAGGGGAGCAGAGCUGCCCUCCGUGAACCUUCCCCCUGCCCUUCCGGCUGUCCAUCUGCUCCGGUCGGGUAGGUGGGUCCUUCCGAAGGUCCCCCCGGCAUUGCCGUACCUCUCUGGGGAGCGCUGUGCUCCGAGAGCAGCGCCUGGGAGUCGCCUUUCCUGGGGCGCCCGGUCCUGCUCCGGGGCUCUGCGGGGCCCAGGAAACCGCGUGCUCCCUGCCUUAACCUGCUGCUUCCGGCGAGGAAUGUAAGCGCGCUCCCCACGCCCCCGCAGCCCC